AUGGCUUCAUCGCAUAUGCGCCGCUCUCUGCGGCUAUUAGAGUCUACAAGCUUUACAAGACUUCCAUCUAGAUUGACCUCCCGAUCCACCACGCAGCACAUCCUCGCCCUCACCAGAUCCAUCACUACCAACAACAACCCAGCAACCCGGACAGCCCCCAAAACCCCCAUCCCCUCUACACCAACUCUACCAGCAAAAACAUCCACCUCCUCAUCCACCGCACCCGCAAGCACGCCCACAACAGACGACCGCACCGCCCGCAUCCUCGCCCCAACACCCACCCACCAAACCACAACCAACAUCUCCAAAACCGGCCUCGCCGACGCCCCUCUGUCACCCGACUCACACCCCGAAGAAAAAAUCGACUGGACGCGCUCCUUCCACGGGCUCUCCGCCGCGCCGUUCCCCAAGGAAGUAGCCGAUAUCCUCCUCGCGGAAGUCGACCCCGAAGAAGUCGAGAUCAAGCCAGAUGGCAUUCUGUACCUCCCCGAGAUCAAGUACCGGCGGAUUUUGAACCGGGCGUUUGGGCCAGGUGGCUGGGGCCUUGUGCCGCGGAGUGAGAGUAUUGUUACGCCGCGGACCGUGACGAGGGAGUAUGCUUUGGUUUGUAAUGGGCGGUUAGUGUCUGUCGCGCGGGGCGAGCAGGAUUACUUCACGCCGGAUGGGAUCCCGACAGCAACAGAAGGGUGUCGGUCUAAUGCGCUGGUGCGCUGCUGCAAGGAUCUGGGGAUUGCGAGCGAGCUGUGGGAUCCGCGGUGGAUUCGCAAGUUCAAGGCGCAGUAUACGCGGGAGGCGUUUGUCGAGCAUGUUGUUAACAAAAAGCGGACGAAGAUCUGGGUGCGCAAGGAUGAUCAGGUGUCGUAUCCGUGGAAGGAGACCGGGACUAAGUAG